UCGGUGACGUCACAGGGAUGGGCAGGUCACGUGGCUGUGUCCGAGGGAAACCUGCGGUUUGGUGAAAUGGGACAGAGAAGGCAGGGAAAGGACGAGAAGCGACGAAGGUGAUUCCUGGACUCACUGUACGUACGUUCAUACCAGGUUUGCAUUCUGCCCUGCCAGCCAAUGGACCAUCACCAUCCUCAUGUCCAACGGACGAGGCUUAUACGGACGCACUGAGCGAGACCGCCAGGCGCCCUACUAUGACCAAGUACCACAAGGCUCCCUACCCCGACAGAGCUCCUACGAUCCACUGCCGCUGAGAGAGCAGAGAGCGCAUCGACUGGCUCAGAGCGCCGACCCGCUCCCACCCCCGCCUCUGCCAGACCAGCCACCCGUCGGCCCAGAGUUUGAUCCCAGCGGCCCUGAAGACCACCCGCCGGAGCCCGACCCCGCCAUUGACAUCAAACCUGUCCACCGCUUCAUCCCGGAAUCAUGGAAGAGCUUCUUCAGAGGGAGUAACAACAGCAGCAGCAGCAAGCCGUGGUCCAUGCCCACCUCCUCUAACAACACCAACAAUACGACAGAGGGGGUGCGCUGCUCACCUCCACACUCCCCCUCUGUUCCCGGCUCGUACCGGGAUCCCUAUGGCGGCUCGGGCGGCAGCUACAACUCGGGAAAGGAGCUUCUGGAACUACAAGGCGCCCCGGAGUCUGGCUCAGGGCGCACCUACCGCACUGCUCUAACCUACAGCGAGCGGGUGGAGGAAUACCAUCAGCGCUACGCCUACAUGAAGUCCUGGGCGGGGCUGCUGAGGAUUCUGGGCUGCGUGGAGCUCCUGCUGGGGGCAGCUGUGUUUGCCUGCGUCUGUGCUUACGUCCACAAAGACAACGAGUGGUUCAACAUGUUCGGAUACUCAUCUCCUGGAAGUGCAUAUGGAGGAGCUUACUACGGCGCCGGCACAGGCGGGGCCUACUACACCGGCCCCAAGACCCCGUUUGUGUUGGUGGUGGCAGGGCUGGUCUGGGUGGUGACCGUGAUCAUGCUAGUGCUGGGGAUGACCAUGUACUACCGCACCAUCCUGCUGGACUCCAACUGGUGGCCUCUGACUGAGUUUACCAUCAACCUGGCGCUGGCCGUGCUCUACAUGGCAGCAGGCGUUGUGUAUGUGAACGACACAACCCGCGGAGGGCUCUGCUACUACCCCAUCUUCAACAAUGGCAUCAACGGGGCCUUCUGCAGGACAGAGGCAGGCCAGACUGCCGCCAUUAUCUUCCUCUUUGUGGUUUACCUCAUUGGAGCCUUGGUCUGUCUCAAGAUGUGGAGACACGAGGCUGCGCGCAGGUACCGGGAGAGGUAUGCGCAGAUGCAGCCCUCUGAUUUGCAAGCUGCACAGUCACUGAUUGUUCCAGCUCCUGCUUCCAAAGCUCCAGAACAGGUCCAAGGCUCCGCGGUCGCUCCCAUCCAGGCUGCUCCAAAACCAGUUCCAGCCAAGGUUUUGCAGGGAGCUAUACCAUCGGGACACAUUCCAAAACCCGUCAUUGUGGCCGACUACAUCGCGAAGUACCCACCGAUCCGGUCAGAUGAAGAGCGGGACCAGUACCGAGCCGUGUUCAACGACCAGUAUGCAGAGUACAAAGACCUCCACGCAGACAUGCAGGCUACCCUCAAGAAGUUCGAUGAGAUGGACGCUAUGAUGCGCAGUCUGCCGCAGCACCCGAGCAGCCAGAUGGAGGUCGAGCGCAUUAACAAAAUCCUUCAGGAAUACCAGAGGAAGAAAAAUGACCCUACUGUCCUCGAGAAGAAGGAGCGCUGUGACUACCUGAAGAACAAACUGUCUCAUAUCAAGCAGAGGAUCCAAGAAUAUGACAAAGUCAUGGAGUGGAACGACGGAUACACCUAAACAUCGGUGGCUUCUCUGCCCCAGAAGACCACGGGACACGAGUACUGUUGACAGCUGAGCAGUCCUUGAGGUGGAAAGGCAUUUUAACUGGCGCCAUCAGGACUACGAAGAGGACUUCCUGCUUUGUCUUUCAAAUCUGCAUCAAAGUUGUCUAACAGCAGUUUGUUUGUGUGUGUUUGUUAAAGGCACCGGUAGAACAUUUUAUACUUAAAGGUAUAGUUCAACAUUUUGGGAAACAUGCUUUUUGGCUUCACUGGUGGAGAAUUACAUGAUAAAAUCAACACUACUGUUGUAUCUGUAGGAUAAAUAUGAAGCCAAGUCCACUAUCCAGUUAGCUUAGCACACAGAUGAGGGGGAACAGCUAGCUUGACUGUAGCUGUAGCAGGUUCCACCUUUAAAGAUCAUCAGGAUUAUUUUUCUUAGAAAUAGUCCAACACGUUAAUUAGAAGUAUUUGUUGUUGCACUUACAAACAAAAUAUGAACUGAUAGUGAUCGGCCCCACAGGCGGUCGGGCUACCUGUUUCCACCUGUAUGCUAAGCUAACCAGCUGCUGCUUCAUAUUGACAAAAGGAAAACAAAUUAGCACAUUUCCCAACUUGUCAAACUGUUCCCCUUAAACUUGUCUGAUAUGCAAAGACCUGACACUCUGUGAUACUGUGAUUGUAGCUGAGGCUUAACGCUGGUUUCUGAUGUGAAUGAUUUCCUGUCAUCAGUGGGACAUGAGAGGACAGAGAAGUAUAAAAUAUGCAGCACAGUUUCCGUCUGGCUCUGCGCCUCGUUACACUUGUCAUGUUUGUUGGUUUUCUGCUUUUCCAGAUGAUGAAAACCACCAUUUGUCAGGAGGUAACCCAUCAUACCGGCUGUGACCAUGCAUCGUUUUUAUUGCACACUGCUUUUUUUUAUAUGCAACUGUUUACCUGAAUCUGGAAAUGUGCCUGUUUAGUGGCAUUAUAAAUGCUGUAUGCAUAUUUUGUAACACUUGUGACUUUGUUCUGCCAUUUCAAAGAUUAAAUAUUUUGUAUUAUGCCACUGUCAAAAUAUGUCCAUUAUCUUCUUUACACCACUGUAAAAUCAGAUCUCUAAUGGAAAAGCUGUUGUAAUGUCUGCCUUCUAAUGUUAGAUGAUAUAAUUGCAAACAUUUUGCUGUAAGUGUCCACGUUCUGUCUUAAUCUGGUGCUUUCUGUUCUCAGAAUACACUUUUGCUUAUGCACUGACAGUUUGGUCUUUUUCUUUGUUUGGGCAGCUUCUUUCACUGGAAGAGAAAGUGCAUUGUUUGCACCGUUUGUUGCUGUCGAUGCUGCUGUUAAUACAGCUUAUUUUGUUAUAUUGCACAGCCUUAUGCUGGUUUACUGUUUGCACACUGGGAGCCGAUGUACCUGAGUCAAAUUCCUCCUGUGUCCUUCCCACCUGGCCAAUGAAGCAGAUUCUGAUUCUGAACAUCCCAGAAUCUAGCUCAGGUUUCUGAAAAGUGAAACUAUUUGUUCUUUAAUGUCAUAAGAUAUUAUUACUAAUUAAACAGAAGCAU